UUUUUGAACAUGUUAAACCAGUUUUUAUUAAAAAGUGUAAUAUAAGUGCAAAAGUGAAUUAACAAAGUGACUGUUUUCAAGCAUAACACGCAACAACGUUAUCAAUACUAUCUGACCAUCAGCGUUUUUGUAAUAACAAAUAAUAAGUAGAAUAUUAUCCACAGAAGGCAAUCAAGGGAUAUCGUCCAUCACACAAUUGAUUAGAUAGAGGAAUUUUGGACCAGAUAACUGUUGAUCGAUGUAUUGAUUAAUUACAAGGAUAUAAGGGUUGAUAGACUUCGAAAGGUCAUUCUGUUAACUGCGCUAGCGCAGUGUUGUGUGUGCUACCAUAAGAUGCGGUCGUCGAUAACGACUGUGGGCAUCUCAGUGUGUGCCUUGCUACUCGCAGGUUUCACCGCGGCUAGUUCAGUAAAUCCUUCGCCAUCACAACAAAGGACUAUUGGGGGAUACCGAAUGAUUUAUGAAGUUCUUACAUAUGACGAUGUCAUAGUAAAAUGCCAAUUGCAAACUAAUAGGGGCUUCAUUGUUAAAUUUAAGCCCAUUGAUGAGUCGUCAGGAAAAUUUUACCGUAUACCAGAUACUCAGUGGUCGCAGUGCAGAAUUGUCAUCUUUAUAGAGAAAGGAGAUAUUGGUUUGUGGAUUCUUUCCUCAGAAGACAUUCAUGGGAAGACAAGGUCCAUAAAAUUUGAGAUUUCCUUUGAUGGUACAUCAGGUAUCACCGCGAGUAGUCAAGUAAUUCAACCACCACCAAAGUACACGUCAGUAACCGCGGGACAAUGGUUACAUGCACAAGUGCUUACUUUUAACGACGAGGUAGUAAAAUGCCAUUUGCAGACCAAUGAGGGCACCACUGUUGAGUUCAAGCCAAAUGAUGAGUCGUCCGAAAAGUUUCAACUGCAACCAGAUAAUGAUUUGUCGCAGUGUGCCGUAUCUAUCCAUUUAGAGAUAGGAGAUGUUGGCAUGUGGACUCUUACGUCAGAAGACAUUGAUGGGAGAUCAAGGGUCCAGAGAUACAAUGUUUCCAUCGAUAUACCAGAUUCAUCAGACAAAAAUGAGAGGACAGUUUAUUAUUUAGAUGAUAAGUUAAUAACCACAACAAUUGAUUCCAACCAUAUAAUCACUAUACCGGACCAAGACUUCGGUGAAACCACAUCUUGUGAAAUCGUCGGUCCCGAUGGAAUACGAAACAAUGUGGAUGCUCUAGAAAACACGGAAGUCAUCGCAAAAGAUCUAUCUAGUGCCUGUUCGGUUGCUAUAAAAGUAACAACGUAUGCUGUGGGUAAAUGGAAGUUAAUAUCGAAGGGAGAUAGAUUUUCAGUAGAGAUUGAAAGAAUACUACCCUUCCGGAUUGUUGUAGAAAAAACUGUGCAACCUGCCGCAGAAGUAUUAGAUGUAAGGGAAGGGAUGAACAUGUACAUAACUUUGAGGAACUCUGUCCCGGAGCAGUAUAGAAACACUUGCAAGCUUCUGGCACCAAACGGCUUUGCUCCAUCACACUACAGUCGCAUCUUCCAGGAGACGUGCGGUUAUAAAGUCCUAAAUGUAACGACUGAGCAUAGUGGAGAUUGGGAGAUCAGUUAUGGUGACGUCAUAAAGUACAGAGCCAUCGUCCGGGUUAACGUUCAUGCUGUCCAAAAUCCAAACACUAUAGAUCUCGCAUGGGUUAUUGACAGACCAACAUCCGUUACAAUUGGGCCUGCGGACGCAGUGUACUGUCGAGUACGGAACCCACAAGGUUUUGAGGUCUAUAACGGUUUUGGAAGGUGCGUCAUGAACGUGGGUAGAGUCUCCAGGUCGGAGCAUCAAGGACUCUGGAGGUUGGACGUUGGGAUGCCUGGACAAGUGCUCACUCAAGAGUACGUUGUCAAUGUUAUCGUUCGAGAUGCUCCCAACAAACCGCCAGUCAAUACAAGCGUGACUGUGGACCCGAAUGACAAACACAUAAUCACGUUGUCCUGUGGUCUGGCCAGCCCGUCCCCGGUCCAGACGUGCAAGUUCCGGGACCCCAAGGGCCGUAUUCUGAUCGCUACUGAAGGUGUCGGGGAAAGCCGAUACAGCUGGCACGGUACUGGAGUCAAUUACACCUCCGGUCUCCACCAACACGACUGCGGUAUCCGGAUAGUGAACGCCACAAACAGUGACGUGGGCAUCUGGCGCUGCGCUAUGGACACCGAUGGCGACACCUACUUCGGGUUCCUCACCGUCAAAGGCCCCUGGAUCAGAGACCCUGAAAUCGCUGCUAUGUACCCCACAAAGCCUUUCCUGGUAGCUGACAGAUUCGCAGUGAGCGGUAUGGAGGGCGACAGCGUGACGAUGACGUGCUCGAUACGGGCGCCUAUCCGCUACUGCUACUUCCGCGCCAGGAACGGAACCGUGUUUAAUGUGGCACCGACAAACACCCACGAUGUCGCCACAUACGUGGGUGCCGGGUUCGAUGCUGGUGAAUGCGGCAUCAGGUUCCUCAGCCUGGCCACGUCCGACUCCGGCUACUGGAGCUGUCACGUCGGCCUUCUGGACCUAGCGGCGCCGGAGCAGCGCGCGCGAUUAGAUGUCACCAUCUUUGAUGCUAUGGCAGUCAACCAGUUUCUGGACAGGCGUGAGAACAGACUGGAGCUAGAAGCAAACGUCCACAAUUCAAGACCUCUGGAGUAUUGCAGAUUUGUCCGCAUCGACGGCUUCGGCUUCACCCACGAAAACGUUCCGCCAGGGAUCCUCGAUAGAUCAGAUCUCUCGAUUGGUUACUGCUCUAUAUCUAUUAUAAGCCCAACGAAUGUGGAGCAGCAUCCGUGGGUCAUAGUGGCGAAGGUUAAGGGUCAAGAGGGUGAAGUGUCUCGAGUAACAGAUAUCGCUUUCACUAUUCCCAAUCCUCCAGGAGGUGGAGGUGGGGGAGGUGGCGUACAAUUCCGCGUGCCAGGAGCAUGGAUAAUCGUGAUGUCCAUCGGUAUGUGUAUGAUCCUGCUGGCUAGUUUUAUCGGACCCAAGAAGAACAGAGAGUGGACGUAUGCACGAGCCAGUGCUAUCAGGAAUAGCUUUACGAAGAAGAAGGUUGAAGAGAAUGCUAACGAUCCAAGCAAGAACACUGCUGUAGCUGCUUAGUUACUGUUUCUUUUGGUAUUAUUCGAAAAUUUAUUUCCGGCAAAUGUCACGAUUUAAAGAAGCAAGCAUAGUUUAAUAACAUUUUUAAGUCAUUAGAGCCAUCAACUUUAUUUUAUUUUUCUUUAUACUCGUGUAGACUUCUAUGGACAUACGCUCACUACAAUCGCAAUCAACUCUAAAGGUCCGUUUUCAUUUUCAUUUUCAAAAAAAAAAAAGGACUCUACAGACGUGAACCGCACAGGCAAAAUAUUCUUUUCGUGAAUACUGACCGGCUGCGUUACGAUAGAUAUAAAUACGUUAAUAAACACUGUAUAGAAGAAUAUUUUUUUGUCUGCCACGGCACGUGUCUGGCACGCUAAAUGUCUGUAUAUAAACAGACCUUAAAGCGUCAAUGAAUCGCUUCGCUCGCAACUAUUGAAUAACGAGAUGACGUUGGUGCUGGAUGGCUCUAAUGAGUUCUAAUCUUAAAGUUAUAUUCACAGAGUACUUUGAGCAUUGUUUUAUAGGUGCAUUUUGCCAGUAUUAAAUUUUGGAAUAUAAUCUGGGUGUUAGACAAUGUUAAUUUUAUGUACUUAAUAAACUUAAUAAAUUGUUAACUAAGUUUUUCAUAUCUAUUUAUAUUCUUUAAAUUUCCUAAAUAAAUAUAUUUGUAAUAUAAAGUCUUCAUCAGACUACAUUGUUUUUUUUUUUAUUUGUAUGCUGUUUAUUAUUUUUAUUUUUUCAUAAUAAAACU